AUGGCCGUCGUCCUAAGAAAAUCUCCAAGGCCGUGGAUGAUAAUGCGGGAAAUCCUUGAAUAUUUCUGCAAUGCGGAUCCUCAAGGCAGUGCGAGAGACUAUUAUGUGGGGCCUGAGGAAUUAUAUGCUAAAGAGGCUCUAUCAAUGAAUUACCGGCUACCGGAAGAAUUUAGAAAUGGGCUGUAUUUGCGACUGAAUCUUAGAUGUAAGGACCUCGGUGGCGCAGGAAAUACAAAUAGUCCAAGAUACGAGUUGGAGGGUCCUAAAGGGGGUUUGUGUGACCGCCGAUUGGGCACGUCAAUUCUCCACCUUCGGAUCGUUGGGUCCCGCUUUACCCGUGGAGUCGGGAAUCUUCGAAGGAGGGCAAAACGCCGCUUUGGAUGGAAUAGGCUACAGCAGAUUCAACCGGUGAUGAGAAGCACAAGCUUGCAUACGGGUUUGACACACGUCAAGAAAUAG